CCGCACGUGUCCGCGCGGCCCCGGGGCUCGCGCCGCCGCUCGCCAAGUCGCCCAGGACUGGCGGCGAUCGGGGCCCUCGCCAUGCUGUUCCGCUUCGGCGUGGUGGUGCCGCCCUCGGUGGCCGGCGCGCGGCUCGAGCUGCUGCUCGUCGGGUCGCGGCCCGAGCUGGGGCGCUGGGAGCCGCGCGGAGCUGUGCGUCUCAGGCCCGCGGGCACCGCGGCGCUGGCGCUGCAGGAGCCCGGCCUGUGGCUCGCCGAGGUGGAGCUGGCGCCCGACAACGAGGCGGCGGCGGCGGCCGGAGAGGACACGGGCCGCGUCGACACGUUCUGGUACAAGUUCCUGCAGCGCGAGCCCGGAGGCGAGCUGCGCUGGGAAGGAAACGGACCUCACCAUGACCGUUGCUGUACAUAUAAUGAAAACAACUUGGUGGAUGGUGUUUACUGUCUCCCAGUAGGACAUUGGAUUGAGGCCACCGGGCACACCAACGAAAUCAAGCACACAACAGACUUCUAUUUUAAUAUCGCAGGCCACCAAGCCAUGCAUUAUUCAAGAAUUUUACCAAAUAUCUGGCUGGGUAGCUGCCCUCGCCAGCUGGAACAUGUGACCAUCAAACUGAAGCAUGAAUUGGGGAUUACAGCUGUCAUGAAUUUCCAGACCGAAUGGGAUAUCAUCCAGAAUUCGUCAGGCUGUAACCGCUACCCUGAACCCAUGACUCCAGACACUAUGAUGAAGCUGUACAAGGAAGAAGGCUUGGCCUACAUCUGGAUGCCCACACCAGACAUGAGCACUGAGGGCCGAGUGCAGAUGCUGCCGCAGGCUGUGUGCCUCCUGCAUGCCCUUCUGGAGAACGGACACACUGUGUACGUCCACUGCAACGCUGGGGUGGGCCGCUCCACAGCUGCAGUGUGCGGCUGGCUCCACUACGUGAUUGGCUGGAGUCUGCGGAAGGUGCAGUACUUCAUCAUGGCCAAGAGGCCUGCGGUCUACAUUGAUGAAGACGCCUUGGCCCGGGCACAGGAAGACUUUUUCCAGAAGUUUGGGAAGGUUCACUCUUCCAUAUGCAGCGUCUAGGUGACCAACCUGCCAGUUGUGUGGCUAGCGGAAGACCUAUAGACAAAGACCGUAUCAGAACUCAGGGGACUGUAACCUCAGGUCACCUGGAGAUAGCUUCUGUUGCCGUGUGGUAGGGCUUUUUGAAUCUUUCUCAUGUGGCAUGCAGUUUCUUUAUCAAAUAUUUCAAAGGUGUCAUCUGGGCAGUACAAUGUAUGCCCACAGUUGCUGCCGCAACAGGCCAGGGUCUUUGGUUACAGGCCCUGCAUAGGUUGUUAUGGAUCUGUGAUGUUUUGGCAUGCAUAAGACAAGAGAGGGGUUAUGUGGAUUUUAUCACAACGGUGAGUGAGGCACACACACCUCACACACACACCACACACACACACACACCACACACACACACACACACACACACCACACACACACACACCACACACACACACACCACACACACCACACACACACACACACACACACACACACACCACACACACACACACACGACAUGUGCACAUAUGCACAAACACAUGCAGUUUUUUUUUUACUCAACUGAGAUUGCAGUCAUUUGCUGGUGGAAGGGGUAAAUAGAUAAACCUUACCAUGACACAGAAAGAGCUCUCCAUGGGCAUCAAACAGUGAUUUUCUGUAAUUUUCUUCAUCCCAUUUCAGAGCUGUUAGCAUCUCCGAGACACCAUCCUCCUUAUUUUCUGUCUUUUCCACAGGAGUAGUUAGCCCACUGUUUUUUCUUUAAGUAUAUAUUUUUUAUUUUAUAGAUAUAUUUUUUAGUAUAGAAGUAUGCAGAUGUACCAGGCUUUGGUUCCCCUGGAACUGGAGUCUCAAAUGGUUGUGAAGCACCAUGUGGGUGAUGGGAACUGAACCCAGAUUCCUGCAACAGCAAUGGCUCGUAAUCUCUGAGCCAUCGCUCCAGCCCCCCUUUCUCUUGUCUUUUAAUUGCUAUUUUCCCCCUCAAGGCAGAGUUUGUAGUACUCAGUGUAUCACAACACACAAAGGUUAGUCUUUAACUCAUGCUAAACAUUCUGCCCCAGUCUCCCAAGAACUGUGUAUAGUCUCCCAUACACAGCACCACCAUUUUUCAGUGUAGGUUUAUUGAGCAUAACUGGCUUGCUCCAGUCUCAUGGUAAAUAGGAACAAGAUGAAGUUUGUAAUUCAACUUACUUGAUUCAGUGUUCUUUUCACUGUGAUUAAUUUUUCAGCAGACUGUCAUGGAUGUAGUUUCAUCUCUCUCAGGGUAAAGUUGCUACCCCCGUGGUUGUUUCUACCCUGAGAAAAGGGGCAGUGUUCUGAUCACCUGCCAGAGAAUUUAGAAAAACCAUUUUAUCCUCCUUAGCCUCCGUUAAUCUAUGGUGUGUGAUCGCAAGGCCAAUUUAUAUGAACCAUAGUUGGUGAGUGGAAGGAGCCUGAGGAGACCAUGUCCACAGAUUAGUGUUGUACAGCUAGGGGCUGACAUUGGUUCAAUACUCAAUUCAGUAUAACACUCAUUGCUAUUCCUCCCAAACCUGUGGUUUAUUCCAUUACGUUUUAUCAGAAGUGUAAAUAUCAGCAAAACUUUGUCUUUCAGUAUAUACAAUCUAGAAACAGAUCUGUCUUUCAUCCUCUGGAAGACAGUCCCCAAGGACCACUGACAUUUUAGGACAUAGAAGGGGCCCUACCUCUAGUUGAGUGCCACUGUGUGCCGGUUGCUUUCCUAUCUCUAAUGCCAUCACAGUUCACUCUGGGAAGGGUCAUUUUCUCUGUUCAGAUUGGGGAAGUGAGGCCCAGAGGGGUGAAGGAAUGUGUCCAUUGCCUUUGUCAUUGAUGGAGGCCACAAGAUGAGAUGCAAAGCUAGGUUCAUCUCUCAAAUCACACACUGUCAAGAUGUGUUUCUUUCAUUUCAUAAGCAUGUGUUCAUAGAUAGCAGAGAUGAUGAUUUGCGAGGCAUUUUAUAAGCAUGUGCUCAUAGGUAGCGAGGUGGUGAUUUGGGAGUCAGAGGGGACAAGAAGGCCACAACCCGGUUUCCAGUCGUGCUCAGAACAGGGAGCGAUGUCUCUGCAUGAUGGCACCCAGAGGAGGUAGCAUUGGAGAGAGAGAUGUUUCAACAUGACAGCAAGACCCCCAGGGGAGGUGGCAUUUGCUUUGGACAGAGCACUCUACAAGAAACUUUUCUCCUAUAAUUACAAAGUUGAGUCUAUAAACCAGCAUCGAGUGAUGUUCAGUCUCUUCUACAAAAUAUAGUUAGAUGUAGCUCUUUUGACUAAGAACCAAUUUCUUAUGUCAUGUGUAUUAUGUACAAUUUCAUUUUUAAUGGAAUAUUUAAACUAAUAUAAUAGUGUGUGUGUGUGUGUGUGUGUGUGUGUGUGUGUGUGUAUGACUUCAUGUCUUGAGAAACCCAGCUAUACAAGUUCCACUGUCAAUGUCCUUUUUCAGGUGGCUUUUUCUCUAUGACUCUGAUAAAAUUGUUGAGAACUACUGACGAACAUUUUAGAAUGACCCCAUUUGCCCUCAGUGAGUGGGUUGUCUACUGUAGCUCAAAAAUCACCUGGGAGUUUUGCUAAAUAAAAGCAUAAAAAAGACCUUUGUGCCACAGAAUUGUUUAAUGCUGUCAACUUAUUCUGAAAUCUGAAAGAACACACUUUUUUAUUUGUAAAAAGGGCAUUCAGCUCAGCACAAUAGCUUUUUCUUUGUUGUCCUUUCUCAUUAGCCUAUGAGAAAGGGUGCCUGGCAGAAGCCUGAGAUGGAAGCAUCACAAAGAGGUGAAGGUAAGACUCAAGAAUGUUUGGGGGAGACCACAGAAGAGUGUCUCUGGUGACUAUCAUUAAACUCUUCCUUGGGUAUGGGUAU